AUGGAUGACAAGAAAACAGAUGAGGGGCAGGAGGCUGCAUACCUGCAGAACACUACAGGUGCCGACGUCGACAUUGGCAUUGACGAUGCGGCUGCCAUCCCCAAGGGAGAGAUCGAUCCGGUGUAUGAGGCAAAGGCCAGGAUCCAAGACAUCGGCAUGGGGUGGUAUCAAUGGCAGCUCUUCAUCGUCGUGGGGUUCGGCUGGGCCUCUGACAACCUUUGGCCCAUCGUGACCUCGCUCAUCCUGACGCCAGUCUCGAACGAGUUCAACGCCCCUCGGCCGCCCCUGCUCAGCCUCUCGCAGAACAUAGGCCUCCUCGCCGGGGCCAUAUUCUGGGGCUUCGGGUGCGACAUCUUUGGGCGCAAGAUCGGCUUCAACGCCACCCUCGGGGCCGCCGCCGUCUGGGGGAUGAUCGCGGCGAGCUCUCCCAACUUCGCCGCCAUCGGGGUCUUCGCGGCCUUCUGGAGCUUCGGCGUCGGCGGCAACCUACCUGUAGAUAGCGCCAUCUUCUUGGAGUUCCUCCCUGGGAGCCACCAAUAUCUCCUCACCGUCCUCAGCAUCGACUGGGCCAUCGCGCAGGUGGUGGCCACGCUGAUCGCGUGGCCCUUGCUUGGUAAUCUCACAUGUCAGCAGGAUGAGGUGUGCACGCGAAGCAAGAACAUGGGGUGGCGUUAUUUUGGUCAGUAUCACUCUUCUCCUGCUACAGAUCCCCGAUCUGUAGUAGUCAUCACCAUGGGCGGCAUCACCCUGAUCAUGUUCGCCAUCAGGUUCAUAUGCUUCACGAUUUUUGAAAGCCCAAAGUACCUCAUGGGCAAGGGGCUCGACGAGGAAGCCGUCCGGAUCGUACAUGAAGUGGCCCGGCGGAACGGACGGUCGGAAGUGUGUUCCCUCACGCUCGAGGACCUGAAGGCUUGCGAGCCGGAUGGCUACGUGCCUCAGACCAGCGCCUCGACCGCCGUCAAACGACGGCUGGAAAACGUCAGCCUGAGCCGAGUGAGGCCGCUCUUCGGAACGCGGAGAAUGGCGCUCAGCACCAGCAUAAUCAUGGCCGUCUGGGCCUUCAUCGGGCUGGGAUAUCCGCUCUACAACGCCUUCCUGCCCUACAUACAGGCGACCCGGGGCGCGGAUUUCGGUGACGGCUCAACCUAUCUGACAUAUCGCAACAGUCUGAUCAUAGCGGUUUUGGGCGUGCCAGGGGCUCUUCUCGGGGGUCUCCUGGUCGAGUUGCCCAAAUUCGGCCGCAAGGGCGCCCUCAGCCUGAGCACAGUCCUCACGGGGGUCUUCUUGUAUGGGAGCACCACGGCGCUGAGCUCGAACACGCUUCUUGCGUGGAACUGCGUUUGGAACUUUGCGAGCAACAUCAUGUAUGCCGUCCUUUAUGGGUUCACCCCGGAACUAUUCCCAACACCGCAGAGAGGCACGGGCAAUGCCUUGACUGCCACCAGCAACCGUAUAUUUGGGAUCAUGGCGCCAAUUAUCGCCAUGUUUGCUAAUCUGGAGACUGCGGCGCCGGUGUAUACGAGUGGCGCGUUGUUUAUUGCGGCAGGCUUGCUGGUGUUGGUGCUUCCGUUCGAGUCUCGAGGCAAGGCGGCACUAUGA